AUGGAGUCUGGGGAGCGGUUAACGUCAUCAUCCGUUUCCUCUACGGCAGCUACUGCAACUCCAGCAUCUUCUGCGCCGUCUGUAGCUUCAGCCGUAUUGAAAGAUGGCCUUUCCACUGGAGCCGCGUCACUGAGUUCCACAAUCAACACGAGCGAAUGGUGGCGAGCAGCUGACGCGCACUCUCGUCCCGGGGCAGCUUUCUUCCCACCGCUCUUGGGAGUUCCAGCGCUGUUUGCACCCCCUGCCCAGAAUCAUGAUUCGGCUUCAUUCCACUCCAGAGCUACAGGAAAAAGCAGUUGGAGCAGCACAGAAAAAGGUAUCAACGGAUCACUGAAUGGGAACAGCACCACUGCCGUGUCCGGUAUCGGCACAUCUGUACUGUCCACUACCAUUGCAACAUCUGCAGGACAAGUGAAAGCUAUUACCUCAGGAGCAGGAGGCCGCAAGUACAACCAGGAGCAAAGCAAAGUGCAGCUUUUGGACACCAGAGCUGACAAAAUCAAAGAUAAGAAGCCCAGAAGAAAAGCAGUGGAAAGCUCUAGUAACAGUGACAGUGAUUCGGGAUCCUCCUCAGACACCUCCAGUGAAGGCAUUAGCAGCAGUGACUCUGAUGAUCUGGAGGAGGAUGAAGAGGAGGAGGAGGAGGACCAGAGUGCUGAGGAGAGCGAAGAUGACGAAUCUGAUUCUGAAACCGAAACGCAUCACAAAAACAAGAACAAGGUGCUAAUGCAUAGUGGUGCAACUGAUACGAAAACUGAUGGACAAAACCCCCAUGAAAAGUCCCAAGAAACAAGAACACACCAGCAGAUACCUCUUGUGUCUGAUCCACAGACUCACUCAUCAUUCCAGUCCCAGCAGAAGCAGCCUCAGGUUUUGUCACAGCAGCUUCCGUUUAUUUUCCAAAGCUCUCAGGCAAAGGAGGAAUCUGUGAACAAACACACAAGCGUAAUACAGUCGACGGGGUUGGUUCCCAAUGUGAAACCUGUGUCUUUGGUACAUCAAGCCAAAAAGGAAACCUAUUUAAAACUCGUAGUUCCUUCCCCUGAUCUACUCAAAGCAGGGAAUAAAAAUACCUCUGAAGAAUCUCUCACUUUGACCAGCGAUGGAAGAUCAAAACGGGAACAAUACAAACAGACAUUCCCAGCAGCACAGCUAAAGAAACAGGAACCAUCUAAGAACCUGAAGAAGGAUAUUGCAGCGUUGUCAAGCCCCAAACCAACAUCUAGUUCACCAGCUCAUCACAAACUCACACCCUUGGAAAACAACCAUUCUAAUCCAUUCCUGACCAAUGCACUUUUAGGUAAUCACCAACCCAAUGGAGUUAUUCAGAGCGUCAUCCAGGAGGCUCCUCUUGCACUUACUACGAAGCUGAAAGCCCAGGCCAAGAUCAAUGAAAGCGUAGCCAUUUCUAGUAGUGCCCCCCUUUCUCUGCCUGUAAACUUGAGCGCGUGUGGGAAAAAACCAAGUGGUAACCGGACCCCUGUUGUGCCCUCUACCUCUCCUGUGUUACCUGGUUCAGGAAAGGAUAAACCAGUCAGCAAUAAUGCAGUAAAUGCAGUAAAACCACAACACCGCCUUCAUUCUGCAAAGCUGGUGGUGGAGCAGUUCAGAGGGGUAGACUCAGAUGCCCCCAGCAGUAAGGACUCUGAUGACUCAAAUGAUGAAGAUGACGAUGACGAAGAUGAAGAUGAGGACGAUGAAGAUGAUGAUUCUGAUGAUAGCCAAUCAGAGUCUGACAGUAAUUCUGAAUCAGAUACAGAAGGAUCUGAGGAUGAAGAUGAUGAGGAUGAUAAAGAUCAGGAUGAAUCGGAUACAGACACUGAGGGAGAAAAAUCUCCACCGAAACGGCGUAAAACUUCACCCUCUAUGAAGAGCUCUUCCAUUGGUGUUGCGGCUCAUUCCACCCCACUCAGUCUCCAAGUAGCAAAGACCCCAAGCUCUGCGCCAGCUGCCUUAUGUCCUGAGUCCCAGCCUGCAGUUUUCCUUGGGACAGCACCGUCUGCUCUUACACCAAGUACACACUGUCUUUCAAAAAGACGACGAGUGCCAGAUGAACGGGAGCUGCGUGUUCCUCUCGAGUACGGCUGGCGAAGAGAAACCCGAAUAAGAAACGUCGAUGGUCGGUUUCAGGGAGAAGUAGCCUAUUUUGCACCUUGUGGGAAGAAGCUGCGGCAGUACCCUGAUGUUGUAAAGGAGGUGCAGUGGUGUCUGCUGAAGGAAGAGGAAGUCAUUCCCCGGAUCAGAGCAAUGCAAGGGCGCAGAGGACGACCUCCUAAUCCAGACAGACAGCAGUCUAGGGAGGAGUCAAGAGCGAGGCGACGCAAAGGCCGACCUCCGAAUGUUGGUGGCACUGAAUCUCUGGACAACACCGACGCGAAGCUUUUAAGAAAGCUCCAGGCUCAAGAGAUAGCUAGGCAGGCCGCGCAGAUAAAGCUACUGCGGAAACUCCAGAAGCAGGAGCAAGCUCGAGCUGCCAAAGAAGCGAAAAAACAGCAAGCUAUUAUGGCAGCGGAAGAAAAGCGAAAGCAGAAGGAGCAGAUAAAGAUAAUGAAGCAGCAGGAAAAAAUUAAACGAAUCCAGCAAAUCAGAAUGGAGAAAGAACUUCGAGCUCAGCAAAUUUUAGAGGCGAAAAAGAAAAAGAAGGAAGAAGCAGCAAAUGCCAAAUUAUUGGAGGCCGAAAAACGAUUAAAGGAGAGAGAGAUGCGAAGGCAGCAAGCGAUUCUGCUGAAGCACCAGGAACGAGAAAGGAGAAGACAACACAUGAUGCUUAUGAAAGCCAUUGAAGCACGUAAAAAAGCGGAGGAAAAAAAGCAAGAGAAACGCGAUGAAAAAAGGUUGAAUAAAGAGCGUAAACUGGAACAGCGGAGACUGGAAUUGGAAAUGGCCAAGGAGCUAAAGAAGCCCAAGGAAGAUAUGUGCUUAGCAGACCAGAAGCCUCUGCCUGAGUUGCCUCGCAUUCCAGGCCUUGUUCUCGAUGGAAGCUCAUUUUCAGAUUGUCUCAUGGUAGUGCAGUUCCUGCACAACUUCGGUAAAGUCCUUGGCUUCGACAUGAACGUGGAUGUCCCUUCCCUGAGCGUUCUUCAGAAGGGUUUGCUCAACCUAGGGGACAGCAUGGGAGAAGUGCAAGACUUGCUUGUGAAGCUCGUGUCUGCAGCUGUUCGUGAUCCGGGACUUGUUACAGGAUGCAAGGCUAAAACUAUUCUUGGGGAGCACUUACUGAACGUUGGUAUCAAUCGAGAUAACGUGUCCGAGAUUCUGCAGAUGUUCAUGGAGGCGCACUGUGGGCAGACCGAGCUGACGGAGAGCUUGAAGACAAAAGCUUUCCAGGCCCAUACUCCAGCUCAGAAAGCGUCGGUACUGGCUUUUCUUGUCAACGAGCUGGCGUGCAGCAGAAGCGUAGCAAGCGAAAUUGAUAAAAACAUUGAUUAUAUGUCAAACCUAAGGAGAGAUAAAUGGAUGGUCGAAGGCCAACUUCGGAAGCUUAAAAACAUUCAUGCCAAGAAGACUGGCAAAAGAGAUGCUGCAGGAGGUGCUGAUGUCGGAGAGGAGCAGCACGCCCUGGAGACGCCAGCACCAGGCCGCAAACGCAAGCGAAAGAUGGGUGACAGUGAUUUUGAUGAAGACUAUGAUGACGACAGUGACGAUCAGGCAGAUGAGGAUGAUGAGGAUGAAGAGGACAAGGAAGAUAAGAAAGGAAAGAAGGCAGAAGUCUGUGAGGAUGAGGAUGAUGGGGACCAGACAGCAAGUGUUGAAGAACUUGAGAAGCAGAUGGAAAAACUGUCAAAGCAACAGUGCCAGUACCGAAAGAAGUUAUUUGAAGCUUCGCACUGUUUGCGCUCGAUGAUGUUUGGCCAGGAUCGUUACAGGCGUCGGUUCUGGAUUCUGCCCCAGUGUGGGGGUGUGUUUGUAGAAGGCAUGGAAAGCGGGGAAGGCUUAGAAGAAAUUGCGAAAGAAAAAGAGAAGUUAGAAAAGGUAGAAAGCAUGCAAGUCAAAGAAGAAGAAUCUGAGACAGAAGAAAAAUUAGACUGUUUAAAUACAACUCACUGUGAGCAAAAGGAAGAUCUGAAAGAAACGGACAACACUAAUUUAUUUUUACAAAAGCCUGGGUCGUUCUCAAAACUGAGCAAACUGUUAGAGGUAGCAAAAAUGCCACCGGAAUCCGACGUCGUGUCCCCAAAACCGAACGGCAGCACAGCCAACGGCUGCGCGUUGUCUUACCCGGGGAACUCCCUCUGCGGUCCUCAGCCACCGGCGCCGCAGGGCACCCCCGAGAAGCCCGAUUCCAAUAAUCUCUUCAGUCCGAAUGCAAGCGGGCCAGGAAAGUUCUACGGUUCUCCCGUAGCUCCAAACGACCAGUUGCUGAAGACCCUCACUGAGAAGGACAGGCAGUGGUUCAGCCUUUUGCCGAGGACGCCCUGUGAUGACAUGUCGGUUACCAACGUAGACGCUCCAGCCACUGCGGCGUCACUUACUCCUCAGUCACAUCCGCCAUCGAAGUCGCCUUCGCCUGUUCCGUCGCCUCUGCUGGGCUCAGCCUCCGCACAGAGUCCGAUGGGAUUAAGUCCUUUUGCCCUGUCACCGCUGCAGAUGAAGACUGGACUGCCAAUGAUGGGACUUCAGUUUUGUGGAUGGCCUACGGGAGUUCUUCCUUCAAAUGUUCCGUUUUCCUCUCCGUUGCCUGCUCUCGGAUCAGGGUUGGGAUUAUCAGAAGUGAAUGGUAACUCAUUCAUGGCAUCUAGUGUUCCUGCAAGUAAAACUGAAUCACCAGCACCACAGACUGAAAAACCAGCUUCUGGCCCUUCUUCAGCAGUUGAAGUAGCCAAGCCAGUAGAUUAUCCUAACCCAAAACCCAUACCAGAAGAAAUGCAGUACGGCUGGUGGAGGAUUACUGACCCGGAGGACCUGAAAUCUUUGCUUAAAGUGCUGCAUCUCAGGGGAAUAAGAGAAAAGGCCUUACAGAAGCAAAUACAGAAACACAUGGAUUAUAUCACCCUGGCCUGCACCAAAAAUAAGGACGUUGCAAUUAUUGAUACCAAUGAAAAUGAAGAUAACCAGGUAACUCGAGAUGCUGUGGAAAACUGGUCAGUAGAAGAACAAGCAAUGGAGAUGGAUGUUGCUAUUCUUCAGCAGGUGGAAGAUCUAGAGAGGAGAGUUGCAUCAGCUAGUUUACAAGUUAAGGGCUGGCUGUGUCCUGAACCUGCAUCAGAGAGAGACGACUUGGUAUAUCGUGAACAUAAGUCAGUUACUAGAUUGCACAAGACGCAGGAUGGAGAUUUUGCUGGAGACGGAGAAGGCAAUACCAGCGCUCUAGAGCGGCAGAGUGACAACCCUCUAGAUAUAGCUGUAACCAGGCUUGCUGACUUGGAGCGGAACAUAGAGCGAAGAACCGAAGAGGACAUUGCUCCAGGGCUGAGGGUGUGGAGAAAGGCCUUGUCAGAAGCGCGCAGUGCUGCGCAGGUAGCUCUGUGCCUUCAGCAGCUGCAGAAGUCAAUAGCGUGGGAAAAAUCUAUUAUGAAAGUUUACUGCCAGAUCUGCCGAAAAGGAGACAACGAGGAACUGCUGCUCCUGUGUGACGGCUGCGACAAAGGCUGUCACACCUACUGCCACAGACCCAAGAUCACCACCAUUCCGGACGGGGACUGGUUUUGUCCUGCCUGCAUAGCGAAGGCAAGUGGUCAGACUCUAAAAAUAAAAAAGCUUAAAAUCAAACGGAAAAAAAGUCAUGAACAGAAGAGAAGCAGGAAAUCAGCAGGAGAUGCAGAGGAGGAAGACUCUGCUACUACAAGAACUUCCUUAAAAAGAGGAAAAACAGACCCUAAAAAAAGAAAAAUGGAUGAGAAUGCUUCUGUAAGCCAGCUAAAGCAAGAAAAUGUCAUUGCUGUUAAGAAACCUAAACGAGAUGACUCCAAGGACCUGGCCAUCUGCAGCAUGAUUCUCUCACAAUUGGAGACUCAAGAAGAUGCCUGGCCUUUCUUACUGCCUGUAAACUUGAAACUUGUUCCUGGUUACAAGAAGGUCAUUAAAAAGCCUAUGGACUUUUCCACCAUUAAAGACAAGCUAAGCAGUGGACAGUACCCAAAUCGUGAAGCGUUUUCGCUUGACAUCGGGCUUGUUUUUGACAACUGCGAAACCUUCAACGAAGACGAUUCCGACGUCGGCAGGGCUGGCCACAGCAUGCGGAAGUACUUCAAAAAGAAAUGGACAGAGGUGUUUCAGGAGAGCUGAAGUUCCUGAGCUCUCUUCUUUUGUUGUUCUUCUGUUUUAUCUUGGUUUUCAUUAAAGGACUCUUUGAGACCAGCCACGUGAACUGUAUUUCCAUGACGGUGCAAGGCACACGCGUAACUGAUGACUGUGUUUUCCUUUAUCACACCCUUGUGAUACUCGUGCGAACGGCUUCACUCCUACAGCAGCCAUGGCCCCUUGGUUCUUGGUUUGUGUGUUUUAGCAGAUGAAUUUAGGUAGAACAGGGAAGCACACCCAAAGAAUUUCAAGGAAAGGGGUGUUCUAGUGCAAUAGCAAUUUAAAAUAUAUCAAAACGCACUGAAUAUUCAACCACCAGAGCUCUACUUGGGGAAAUGGUUCUCUUUUCCCUUUCAAUAAAUAUCUAUUUUUCAUUUUUUUUACUUUGUAGUUUAUUUUUUAGUGAAUGUAUUUAAUUUUAUGAAUUAUUUAUGAUUAUACAGCAUUCAGAAUCUUCGUUUUCUGUGAAAAGGAAGAAUUAGAAAAUCGCUUUAAAUCUUGAAAAUACAACAAGGAAUGUUUUAAAAUAUAAAACAAAGCCAAGUAAAACUGUUUACACUGUUGUGCUGUAAAAGCACUGAAAAUUGAACUUUACUGUAGAGUUACAAGUACAUUUAUAUAUAUGUUGCUGCAUCACUUGUGUAGUUAAAUUGUAUUUCAAGGCAGUGAAGAGAAGGUGAGACCUGUACAUACUGUUCAUUAUUGUUUAUAUUAAGUCUUGUUUUAAAUAUGUAUGAUGUGUACAUAUUGUUUGCAGACAUUAUUGUUUAUGCCUUAGGAGGACGGUAGCAUUUUAUUUUGGUCUGAAGGUAAUGACAGCUCUAUGGCUUGUACAGUAAUUAUCCUCUACCAACACUGUGGAGUCUCCUUAAUCUUGGUAGUGCCUGCCUUUCGAACAGGGUGUAGGGGAUAUUAGUUUUCCAUUUUUCUAUUUUGUUAUAUAAUUUCAAGCCACCACGGCCUCAAAUUGAAGUAUAAUCGUUUGUAUCCACGUGGAAUAAAGUUGUGGCAGUUUCCUACACACACAGUAUUUUUUCAUAGAAACAUUUCCCUCAUUUCCUUGCCACAGGACUGACAGAAAUGACAUUUGUAACCACUGUGUUUUACCUGCUGUGUGUUGUGGUGGCCUCUUGGGGCAGAUAGGUCGGGUUUUUUUGUACCGAUGUAAGAGUACUUGAAGUUUUAUUUAAAAGAAAUGUUGUGGAAAGGUAGCAUUCUUUUCCUUUUCCUUUUUUAUGAGUGUUAUUUUUCACUAGUAUGUGUGGCACGGAUACAAUAAAAGGACUGUUUUGCAAAC